AUGCUGACCAAGUUUGAGACCAAGUCGAACCGGGUGAAGGGGUUGAGCUUCCACCCCAAGCGCCCAUGGAUACUGGCGUCCCUGCACAGCGGCGUGGUCCAGCUGUGGGACUACCGCAUGGGCACGCUGAUCGAUCGCUUCGAUGAGCAUGAGGGGCCCGUGCGCGGCAUCCACUUCCACCCCACUCAACCCCUCUUCGUGUCCGGGGGCGACGACUACAAGAUCAAAGUGUGGAACUACAAGACGCGGAGGUGCCUCUUCACGCUGCUGGGGCACCUGGACUACAUCCGCACCGUCCAGUUCCACCACGAGUCGCCCUGGAUCGUGUCGGCCAGCGACGACCAGACGUUGCGCCUGUGGAACUGGCAGUCGCGUACAUGCAUCGCGGUGCUGACGGGGCACAACCAUUAUGUCAUGUGCGCGCAGUUCCACCCGCGCGACGACCUGGUGGCCUCCGCCUCGCUGGACCAGACAGUGCGCGUGUGGGACGUGAGCGCGCUGCGCAAGAAGGGCGCCGCCCCCGGCGGCGCGGGCCCGCCCUCGGAUGACUCGAUGCGCCUGCCCCCCAUCAACUCUGACCUGUUUGGCGGCUCCGACGCCGUGGUAAAGUACGUGCUGGAGGGCCACGACCGCGGCGUGAACUGGGCCGCCUUCCACCCCACGCUGCCGCUGGUGGUGUCGGGCGCGGACGACCGCCAGAUCAAGCUCUGGCGCAUGAAUGAGAGCAAGGCCUGGGAGGUGGACACCCUGCGCGGCCACGUGAACAACGUCUCCUCCGUCAUCUUCCACGCCAAGCAGGACCUGAUCAUCAGCGACAGCGAGGACAAGUCGCUGCGGGUUUGGGACCUGAGCAAGCGGGUGGGGGUGCAGACCUUCCGCCGCGAGCACGACCGCUUCUGGAUCCUGGCGGGGCACCCCAGCAUCAACCUGCUGGCGGCGGGGCAUGACAGCGGCAUGAUCGUGUUCAAGCUGGAGCGCGAGCGCCCCGCCUACGCGCUGCACGCCGGCACGCUGUACUACGUCAAGGACCGGUACGUGCGCUCGCACGAGCUGGCCAGCGGGCGCGACGUGCCGCUGUGCGCGCUGCGCCGCAACCCGGCGGCGGCGUACAACCAGGGCGCGCGCGCGCUGGCGUACAACCCGGCCGAGCACUCGGUGCUGGUCUGGAGCGACGUGGACGGCGGCGGGUACGAGCUGUACGCGCUGCCGCGCGAGCCGGCGGCGGGCAAGGACGGCGGCGCGGGGGCGGAGCCGCGGCGCGGCGCCGCCGCCGCGGCCGUCUGGGUCGGGCGCAACCGCUUCGCGACGCUGGACCGCGGCGCCAACGCGCUGCUGGUGCGCGACCUGGCGGGCGAGGUGACCAAGCGCCUGGCCUCCCCGCUGGCGGCCACCGACGGCCUGUUCCCCGGCGGCGCCCCCGGGCAGGUGCUCCUGCGCGGCGACGACCGCGUGGCGCUGUUUGACGUCGCGCGGCGCGCGGUGGUGGCGGAGCUGGCCGCCCCCGGCGUGCGCUACGUGGCGUGGUCGGAUGACGGCACGCGCGUGGCGCUGCUGGCCAAGCACUGCGUGACCCUGGCGGGCGGGCGCGACCUGGCCGACCCGGCCAGCGUGCACGAGACGCUGCGCGUCAAGUCGGCGGCCUGGGACGGGUCGCGCGUGCUGGUGUACUCCACGCUCAACCACCUCAAGUACGCGCUGCCGGGGGGCGACGGCGGCACGCUGCGCACGCUGCCCGACCCGGUGUACCUGGUGCGCGCGGAGGGCGGCGCCGUGCACUGCCUGGACCGCGAGGCGCGGCCGCGCGCGCUGCGCGUGGACACCUCGGAGGUCGAGUUCAAGCUGGCGCUGGCCGCGCGGCGCUACGACGCGGUGCUGGCGCUGAUCCGGCGCGGUGCGCUGGCGGGGCAGGCCAUCAUCGCCUACCUGCAGGAGAAGGGGUACCCCGAGGUGGCCCUGCACUUUGUGCGCGACGAGCGCAUCCGCUUCGGCCUAGCGGUGGAGUGCGGGAACGUGGAGGUGGCCCUGGCCUCCGCCCAGGCCCUGGACGACCGCGACACCUGGUACCGCCUGGGCGUGGAGGCGCUGCGCGCGGGCAACGCUGCCAUCGCGGAGUUUGCGUACCAGAAGACCCACUCCUACGACCGCCUGGCCUUCCUCUACCUCGUCACCGGCGCGGCCGACAAGCUGGCCAAGAUGGCCAAGAUCGCGGAGCGGCGCGGCGACGCGCGCGCGCGCCUGCAGGCCGCCCUCUACCUGGGCGACGCGGGCGAGCAGGCGCGCGCGCGCGCCGCGCUGGCCGGCGAGCACUUUGCCGCGGGCGGGUUCGAGGCCGGCGCGCGCCUGCUGCGCGCCCAGCUGGGCGUGGUGGAGCUGGGCCCGCUGCGCGCGCUGGCCCUGGACGCGGCGGCCGCCGCACAUGCCUUCGUCCCCGGCCUGGCCGGCACGCCCGCGCUGGGCGAGGCGCUGCGCCGCGCCUACCGCGCCGUGACCGAGGGCAAGUUCAGCGACGCGCUGCGCCUGAUCGACGGCAUCCUGCACGCCGUGCCCUUGGUGGUGGUGGACAGCCGCAAGGGCGUGGAUGAGGUGCGCGAGCUGCUGGGCAUCGCGCGCGACUACAACAUAGCGGUGCGCUGCGAGCUCAAGCGGCGCGAGGCCCGCGAUGACCCGCGCCGCGCCGCCGAGCUGGCCGCCUACUUCACGCACUGCGCCCUCCAGCGCGUGCACCUGGCGCUCAGCCUGCGCUCCGCCAUGUCCGCCUUCUUCAAGCUGAAGAACUACGCCACCUGCGCCACCUUUGCGCGCCGCCUGCUGGACCUCCAGCCCGACGAAAAGAUGGCGACGCAGGCGCGGCAGGUGCUGGCGGCCUGCGAGAAGUCGCCCACCGACGCAGUGCAGCUGGAGUACGACCCGCGCAACCCCUUCGACCUGUGCUCCGUGACCUGGACGCCCAUCUACCGCGGGCACAAGUUCGUGGAGGACCCGUACACCAAGGCGCGGUUCCAGCCGCAGGCCGAGGGCCAGCUCAGCCCCGUGGGCGGCCUCUCGCGCAUUGGCCUGGAGGCCUCGGGUCUGGUCUGCUCCCACACCCAGCUGAGGUAG